CAAGAAAUAUGAAGACGUUUUAUUGUUUGUUGUUUAUGCUAUGCUACGUGAAAGGGGUACCAGUCCAUGUUGAAAAUACAAUAAGUCAAAAUGAGGUCACACCAUUAGCUUCAUCACGAGUUCUAGAGGGUGUAAUAAGGGAAAUAUUAGAAUCUGUAAGGGAUGUAAUACUAAAUGGUAACGAGGAAAUCCCUGUCUUAGAUCCUCUGGUGGUAGACCACUUGCAUCUUGAUGACGAGACGAUUCCUCUUCCAGGGGCACAUGUAACGAUUAAUGACGGAACAGUGAAGAAUCUAGGUCAGUUUGUCAUUGACGAUGUAUCUGUUAAUACGGUCGUCGUAGUAACCAACAUUGCGAUCGUUGGCCACAUACCCGUCCUGGAAAUUGAAGCUGUUAAUUAUGAUCUAUUUCUACCUGUAAUGGGAUAUACCAUUUUUGGCACUGGAGAUUUUAAUAUCAAACUAAUCGAACCGAAACUGGAUUUAUUUGUUAGAUAUUCAGUGUCAUCAGGCACAACAGCCGAGGUCAAAGUUAGUCUGGGUGCAUUUGAGCCUCAAAUCAAUGGAUUAUUCAAUGACCAGGCUGCGAGCGACUUCGUGAAUCUAUUCCUGAAACUACUUGUCGAAGAUCUCUUGGAAGUAUAUGAGGAUGACAUCAAUACUUUCUUGAGUGAUCUUCUGAAUGAAGUGCUCGACAACGCUUUGCCUGGUCUCUUGCCAUAACUCGUUGGAUGAAGUAUCAACAAUGUUUACAAGAAGAACUAAAAUAUAUAAAGAGUUUAAGCAAAAUAGUGCUGCAAGUAGAUAUUUUAUCGUAACAGUCGUUACGGUGUUCUUCGCGUGAAAUAUAAUCAAUAUAUUUAUUUAAUUAACUUUAAUUCAGAUACUCUAAAAGGUACAAAAGGUAAAAAAGCAAAUCUGGCAGAUUUAAUCGUAUAUUAUAGUUUAGCCUAGUCUUAUAAAGUUUUCUGCCAAUCAAUAUACUAAUAUAAAUGAGACAACAUGCCAUGAAAUAUAUAUAAUAAACAAAAUACAGAUAUAUAUAUAUAAUAAUACAUACAAUCUAUAUUAUGCUCAUCGUAUCUUUCAGUAGAUAUUUUUUAAUAACAAUACGUGAUAUCUGAUGUAAAUAUUGAAUAUUAUUUCGGUUAGAGUUAAUUUUUUUGCAUUGGUCCCUGGACUAUAAAUAGAGAGGUUUCUAAUGAAUACACACAGUAUGUAAGUACACUUACUCGUACAUAUGCUAAUGUAUGACUUAUUACCAAUUAGAAUAAAAGUUUGCACUCACUUUGUAA